ACCCCCGCGGACCGGCAAAUUCCUUUUCCGCGCGACAAACUUGUUGUGAUUUCGCAGCGUAGUAGGCGAAGAAAUUUACACACGAAAAAGGUGUUUGUUUGGUUGCCACAGAGACGAAAGGAACCUCUACGUCACACAAAAAAACGACGUCAAUUUGACACAGAAAGCCGAACGUGAGAGUGCCAAUACGCUGCAGUGCAAUCCCUCUGCCCCGAUAGGACUUAUCGCCCGAUUAAAGGCAACCAAGUGAAACAGUAAUACCACCUCGGACGGACUCCCGAGUGACACAAAUCAGUGACCACCCAGAACCUGUGCGAUUUCGACGGUGUUUGCGGUUCGUCCGUUUGUAGUGUUUUUGCUCUAGUCGAACUCAGCCGAGGGCAUCAGCAGAUGUCCGCCGAAGGGUCACUGAACGACCACCGUGUUCCAGGACAACGAUGAAAUGCGCUCAAAACAUAAACAUUUCGUUCGGCAGCAUAUUGUGUGGCAGACUUACUUUCGAGUGGCGGGAUUGAUGGGCGAGCCAAGUGGUGUUAGCCCUUAGCAGCAUCAGCCCUAUCGGUGCCAUAUUCUCCUUCCGCUGGCCAUCACCGAAGGGGUGCCUCGGGGUAUUUGCCGAUGACGCAUCGCCCUUGACAGCUUUCAUCGUGAUAUUAGCACAACUCCGCUCGGGGCCCAAGGCUUAGCAUCAACCUUGAUAAGGUUCGAUUUAAUUGCCAAAUCGUGCCCCAAAUUAGCAUUAGUAUCAUGCCCGGGAAAGGACCCAAACACCGCGGUUGAUAGGUCGGACGGGCCUCAGGCGAAGACAGAACGUACCAAAAAUCCUCCAAAAAGCAUGAAUCAAGUGACGGAUUCAAGAAACCCGGCAAAGGUGGUUCCGGUGCGCCGGGCCACGGAGCCAACCGACAAGACCGCCACCUGUCAGCGGGCGUGGAUCGAAAAUGACAAGUGUCGACAGGCGGGAUCGGAACGGGAACCGUUCCUGCUGGUCUCCGCCACCGACGAAGGCGGCGAGUCCGGCCUGGAGUGUGAACGAUUGCUGGCGAAAACUGCGGACCGUGUCUUCUCCAUCGACCUGGAACGGGGCGGCGGGACGCCGAAGAAGUGUGAUAAAGCCGGCGCCGGUGAGCUCACACCCGGCGCAGAGUCAACCGACAGCUCAACGGGCAGCUCCGGCGGAACCACGUCGAGCCGGAGCAGUAACACGGACGACGCCAAACUGGUCUGCGACAAGCUGCGAAAGGUGAGCCGACGGAAGCGGAAACCGAAGAGUCGCGUGCCGACGGCCGCCAAGCUGCUCCAGUUAUGUCAGUGCUGUCCUUGGGCCGCCCCGUGGAGUCUGCUCAUUGUCAGCGCCCUGCAGAUUAUCGUCUUCACCUUCAAGAAUGACGCCAUCUAUCGCACGCUGAUCUUCUCGCCGCUCAAACAGUACGAGAUCUGGCGCUUCGUGACGUACACAUUCCUGCACGCCGGCAGUGUCCAUUUGGUGCUCAACAUCAUCAUACAGCUCCUGGUGGCGUUCCCGCUGGAAACGGAACAGGGCCACGGGCCCGUGCUGCUGGUUUACUUUGCCGGUGUCCUGGCCGGUGGAUUCGGUGCUUCCGUGUUCGAACCGACCCUGAUGGUCGGUGCAUCGGCCGGGGUUUACUGCCUGCUGAUGAGCCACAUCCCACAUAUCACUAUGAACUUCCGAGCCCUGUCGUAUCGGUACUACCGGCUGCUCGCGGUGCUGGUACUGUGCGUCAGCGACGUCCUGUACUCGAUCCGACACUGCCUUACCAAAGGAAACCUUCAGCCACGGAUCGGCGUGGCGGCGCACGUGUGUGGCGCCAUCUGUGGUCUGCUGAUCGGGUUCGCGAUCUACCGACCGAAGGAGGCGCCCGGUUCGGACCGCACGAGGGCUGUCUUCCGAUCGCUACGUUACCUGGCCAUCGCACUAGCCACCGGGUGGCUAGUGUUGACCGUGCUGUACAAUCUCGACCGUACCAAUGUGAUGGAACUCCUCUAGCCUGAGCCGGAGGGCCGAUAGUCAAAGUAGUAGUAGGUUAAGCCAGUUCCAGUCCAGUCCAUUUUGCUAUAGCGCUGUACAGUAAACGAAUAAGU